AUGUCAAUAGUUCAUGUACCUAAUACGAGGGAUUACUGGGGAGAAGUUACUGGUACUCAUCUGAUCAAGACAACAAUGACAGUGAAUCAGUAUGAGCAUAUACGUAAGUUUCUUCACUUCAAUGACAACAGUGCAAUGAUACCCAGGGGUGAAAAAGGUCAUGAUAGACUCUUCAAGAUAAGACCCAUAAUAGAAUUGAUGAGAUCUCGGUUUCAAACAAUACCUGUUGAGGAUGGCAUAUCUGGUUAUGCCUACGAUUUUGAGAUUUUCACUGGAGAUGAAAAUAAACCAGAAAAAAGAGUGACUGGGGAGGAAGACUUGGGAGCAAGCGCAAAUGUUGUAGUUCGACUCAGUAGGAUACUACCAAGAAAUAUGAACCACAAACUGUACUGUGACAAUUAUUACACAAGUCUGCCACUGCUUGUAUGGUUACAUAAACAAGGAAUUUACUCACUUGGGACAGUCAGAAGAAACAGAGUGCCAGACUGCAAGCUCCCUUCAGAAGCUGAGCUGAAGAAAAUGGCACGAGGUGCAUCAGUAGAGCGUGUCGCAACAGUGGAUGGUGUCGACAUAUCAAAUGUAGUGUGGAAAGAUAACAAGAGUGUGAUGUUGCUUUCUACACUUGCUGGACAGCAGCCUAUUCAUGAAGCAGGGAGGUAUGACAAAAAAACAAAGUCAAGAACAACAAUACCUUGUCCACAAAUAAUUAAACUCUACAAUAAACAUAUGGGAGGUGUUGACCUUCUUGACAGCAUAAUGGGUCGACAUAAAAUUCUUGUGAAAAGUCGAAAAUGGUAUAUAAGAUUGUUUUACCAUCUCCUGGACAUGGGAGUAGUCAAUUCCUGGCUGUUGUAUAGGAGAGUAGCAGAAACCAAAGGGAUUAAGAGAACUAUGAAACUCUCCGAAUUUCGAAUGGAAAUUGCUCCCUGUUUGUGUCGCUCAGGUCAUACUUCAGCAAAACGUGGAAGGCCAAGUAAUGAACUCGAAAACCAAAUACAAGCUAAGAAGACAAAGGGGCCCACAGCACAUGUACCUCCACAAGAUGUAAGGCUGGAUGAAGUAGGUCACCUGCCUUCGUACUUGCAACUUGAAAUAAAAAAUCAUGCAUUUAAGGGUUAA